GUGUGCCCGCUAGUGGGAGGUUUAUAAACGCUAGCACAUGUCGACAUGUUCGUGAUAGAACCGGUUCGCUCGUGGCCCUACUAGUGGGGAUUAUACACUAGUAAUUUCUGUAGCCUGCCAGUGGGAGGUUUAUAACACUGGCCGUGACCUAUAGAGGAGACGUCUAUUUCGUGCCCGUACUGUAUCCGUUUUCUGAUUACACUUGUUGGCAUGCUAUACGUUUAAUUAAGGGCAAUCCAUAUUUUACUUACUGAGUUAUCUCACCUCGUUUUUCUCGUCCACCAUUUCAGGUAGUGUGCCCCGAGACUCGGAAAUCAAGGGGAGUGACGUGAAAGAAAAAAAAAGGCUAGCCACUUGAGAUUUGACAUAGAUUUUAGAUACAUGUACACCACGCUCCUGUAAGUUAGAUUUUAUCUGGAAAGUUUAUGGUAUCAAAACUGAUUUUGUUCAGUAAGUUCCGAGCCUUGUGCAUUUGUGGGACCCGUCUCACGAGUGCACGGCGUCUGUCGCGCCUCGGAUUUGGGUUCUGGGGCGUGACAGAUAAAGUGGUAUCAGAGCUUAGGUUUGAUUAAGAUUUCGUGAUGUGAGAGCCUAGAGUGGCGCAGUGGAAGCGUAGUAGAUCAUGUUCUGAUCAUAGAAAGUCGGUGAGGCGUUUGUUUUGUUUUAGAAUAUGUGAAGCUAUUCACCAAUCAAGUGAUCCUAGAUUUGAGUUUUGGGGACAAAACUCCUUUUUAGGAGGGGUGGAUGUAAUACCCCAAAAUUUGGGGAUAUUUUAGCAUUAAAUAAGGGAUUUAUUUGAGGAAAAAUUUUAUGGAGGGGCUUAAUAGUCAAAUUAUUAAGAGUUGAGGAACUUAAAAAGAAAGGGAAUUAGGAUAAGGAUGGCUGAGUUGUUCUUCUUUUUCUUCUUCCUUAUCCGCGUGACCUGCUCUUCUUCUUCUUCCCGAAAGCCCCAAGCCCCCCGACAGCCUCCUCUUGAAAAACUCGUGAGAAGCUUGUGUUUUCCCCCUUGUUUUCUUGUCCAAAAACCAGAUUUGAGCUUAGAAACCUUCUCCCCUGUUGGAAAUUCCAGAUCUGCCUUGCUCUGCUUGUCUUCACCGCCGGCUGCUAUGUGGGUGGGUGAUUUCUGGGCUUUUUCCGAAUUUUCUGCAAUUGCCGCCGGCUCCCUCACCAGCCAAGCCCGGUUUCUACAGCUGGGAAUUUUGGUAUGUUGACAGCCCCUCCAAGCCCCGAAUUUGUCCAUUUAUUUGCUGAUUUGUGUGUUCGAAAAUCUGCUGGAAAUAUGGGAGAAAAUUGAUAGUAAUUAAACCAUGAUUUAGCUU